AUGAAAGGGGCGAAAAGCGGUGACAGGAUGGAGCUCGAUGGAUGGAUUAGCAUUAGGCCCCUGCUGAUUUUGGCAUUUCUGUUGAUUUUCUACAUCAGCGCUGGCCUGGGCGGCAAGACCACGACCAUCGUUAGGCACACAGACACCGUGGAUCCGCAGGCGGACGGCUUUUGGGCCAACAAGACCACUUGGAAUGCUAGGUGGGUGAAGUACUGGCGGACCAAGAGGAUUUACGAGCCGGUGUGGAAAAAGGUCUGGACACCCACCAUCCACAACGAGUGGGUGCCCCUGCCUAAUGCCCCCAACGAGUGGGAGGCCGAAAAGGGCCACUCCUCCUAAAGACUGAACGUAGCUUUA